GAGACUGCUGAUUUUGGGGGGAAAAAAGAACUGCUAAUCUUGUUUGUGCUAGCAGUCGAAGUCUCAGAAAACAUCUAUAGUGUGUUGUUUACACUCAAGAAUGUUUCUUAGCUUGUGUUCUUUUCCUUUGUUAUGCUUGCUUUGUUCAAGACAAACUCUAAAGACGUGUCUUUGCUUGGCUGUAAUUAUUCUCCUUCACGUGAGUCUGAUUAAAUUGGCAUUUCCUGUUGACCCAUUUUCUACUGUUUGUUGCCUGAAAUCAUUUUGAUUAAUCAUCAAAACUUAUUAGACAGAGUUUUGAAAAUCUGAUUCUGUGAAGAUAAACGCCUUCCUUUCUUUUCACACUCAUUUUCGUCUUUAAGUUCCAAGUGUUGUCUCUGCUUGGUAAUUUGUUCUGGAAUUGUUCUCAGUGAUAUAUAUGAGUAUGAUUUUUACCAGAAUUCAGUUAUCCUGUAUUUGGUGCAAAGUUGGACUUGUGAGUUUGUCCUGCAGGCAGAUAUUAGAAAUUAUUUCACUGCCCAAAGUUGCUGCUCCUGAAUCAGCUAAUUGCAUAUACAUAUCUACGGGGGCAAGGUCUUUUGGUAUUUCUAUAGCUGGACACUUUAAUCACUAGCCGCACCGAACCCUUCCCAUUCCCAUCCCCCAAAAAUGUUUCUUACCAAUCGAGGGAGUUCUAUAAGCAGUUUCAAGGUAAAAAUUUUCUGGUACAAACAUCAACAAAUGAGUGCAAGAUGUGUCUCUCACACACAUGCAUCACUUAAUCAUGGUUAAAUGAUAUGUAUUCUAACUGCUACAAUUAAAUUAUUGUGUUUGGCAUACUUGAAGAUUUACCCUGUCCGUAAUACUGCCUCUGCUCCUAUCUCUGUAUCUUAACGGACUAGUAGAAAUGAACUUUGCUUUCAGAAAAAAAACCUCUAGGAGGGUUUCUGUCUUGUUUUUCAGCAAGAAGUAUUAUGUUAUGGUUGCUGAGGUUUCAUAUAAUCGACUCUAAUAAGUUUGUGAUAUUGGCAUAGUUGAUUAAAUCAGCAGCAUCAAGAUUUUCACUACUAUCAAUAUUCAAUUGUAAUUGAGAUUUUCUCAAGCAAGUGACAAAUACAAGUUAUUACACAGAAUUUGAAGCAGCUUGCACUGUUAAUGUGGAAAUGUAGCAGCCUCUGUGUUAGUUAAUGGAAAUAAAAUUUUAUCUGUGAACAAAUGAUGCGUCUUGGGAGUUCUGAAAAUCUAUGGACAUCUUAAAAAUAGCAGAAAGCAGCUAAAAAAAAAAUCUGUGAAUCUGUGUCAUGCAGACAUGAAAGAAAUCGUGUCCAGCAGCCUCCAAAUAUUUGCCAGUCGUCAUUAUGUAUAAACAAACUUAGCAAAAAUAACGUGAUCUCUGUAUUAGAUACAUCACAGCCUGAUAUGUCUCACUUUUGCAAAAGUAAAGGCACUUUUCCCUUGAAUAUCUGUUAAAGACUGACAAAUCUCUAACUGAUGCAAGAGUGUGAUGUAGCCUUUGCUCUAUAUAAUACUAGCAUUACUAACAUAUAUUAUCCUCAUAUCAUAGCUUUAAUAAUCUUUAAACUUAUAUUGAUUAUUUCGGUUUCACCUUUUCCAGUUUUUAUCAGAGAGAUGGAGGUAGGGAAGAUUUUCUUGAUUUUUCUUUUGUUGGCUAUGGUAUUUGGGCUAGUUAAUGGUUUGGAGUUCACUGAAAAAGACAUUGCAUCUGAAGAGAGCUUAUGGGAUUUGUACCAAAGAUGGAGGAGCGAUCAUACUCUUUCUCGAGACCUAACCGAGAAACAAAAACGUUUCAAUGUGUUCAAGACGAAUGUGAUGCACAUUCACAAGGUGAACAAGAUGGGCAGACCUUAUAAGUUGAAACUCAACAAGUUCGCUGAUAUGACCAACCAUGAAUUCAGAAAUUUCUACAGCUCUAAGGUAAAACACUUCAGAAUGCUCCAUGGUAGCCGGCCUAUUACUGGAUUUAUGCACGAGAAAGCUGAUAAUCUGCCAACAUCUGUCGAUUGGAGAAAGAAAGGAGCUGUUACUGGUGUAAAGGAUCAAGGACAAUGCGGUAGCUGUUGGGCAUUUUCUGCAAUAGUUGGGGUUGAGGGAAUAAACAAAAUCAAGACAGGCAAACUUGUUUCACUGUCUGAACAAGAGCUAGUUGACUGUGAAAAGGAUAAUGAAGGAUGCAAUGGAGGAUUAAUGGAAAAUGCCUAUGAAUUCAUCAAGAAAAAUGGAGGAGUAACAACUGAGAGGAUAUAUCCUUACAGCGCCAGAGACAGUCACUGCGAUUCUUCAAAGAGGAAUUCCCCUGUGGUUAAUAUCGAUGGACAUGAAAUGGUACCUGAAAACGACGAGGAUGCUUUGAUGAAAGCUGUUGCCAACCAACCAGUAUCUGUUGCUAUAGAUGCUAGUGGUUCUGAUCUGCAAUUUUACUCUGAGGGGGUGUUCAAUGGAAAUUGUGGUACAGAACUAGACCAUGGAGUAGCAGUUGUGGGCUAUGGAGCAACUCAUGAUGGGACAAAGUACUGGAUAGUGAAGAACUCAUGGGGGACUGGAUGGGGAGAACAAGGUUACUUUCGAAUGCAACGAGGCAUCGAUGCCAAAGAGGGACUCUGUGGCAUAACCAUGGAAGCUUCAUAUCCAGUCAAGUUAUCCCCAGACAAUCCCAAACCAGCUCCCUCUACGGAUGAACUCUAGAUUGGUUCAAGUAUCUCUGCUUUAGAGCGUAGCAUGCUAUAGUGUUUAGAAAGAAACUUAGGAAAAAAGCAAGACAUGUAAUCUAUAAGUUCUUUUGUAUUGGUUUGCAUGAAUAAAAUGCUUUCUUCCAUGGGGUUGCCAAUGUUUGUAAA